CUGGAACGGAUGAAAGAAAAAAUGUGAAAAAAGAUUUAUUAAAUUUUUUCAAAUUUUUAAAGCCUUGUGGAAGAACUAUUUGUGGCUAUAAAUAGAAGCAUUUGAAACUAUUGAAAUGUAUUGAGUGCGAAAUGAGUGAUUAAGUGUCUGUGAAGCAAUUUUUGCUUUAUGGAAAAAAAAAUAAUUUGAGCUGUUAACGGCUGAUAAAGUUAAAUGAUAAGUGGAAGUGGAUUGAAUGAAAUAAAAAUAAAUGUCAUUUAGAGUACAACUCAUCAAUAUGGGUACGAGAGCUGCUGCCUUCCAGGCAAAGCUUCGUUGCCUUCAUGAUUAUCAUCAACGUCUCCUACACAAUACUGUUCCACUUCCUUCUGGCUCUGAUAUAGCCAAUACUCUGAAAUAUUUCUCUCAAACUUUACUAACUGUUCUUAAGGAUGUUCGUAAUUCACCGCUAGUUAUGAUUAAAGAUCCUGAAUUGGAUCAAACCCGAAUGUCGUCUUACCCUAAUUUAGAAUAUUCUAAUCUCUAUAAUGCUAUCUGUAUGUUGAUUGAUGUUACACCAAAUAUACAAUAUGGAAUAUCACUAUUUGGCAAAGCAAUUCUCCAAGUUAUGGGAUGUAUCUUGCCAUUCUUAGAUCGAGAUGUAAUAGACAACUUGCCAUAUUUAUGUGCAUCAUUAUUCUCAGUAUUACCACAUCUUUUAUAUCAAGACAUUAUCAACUAUCUAUGCUACUAUAUUCUACCAUUCACAAUAACACGUCAAGGAGAUCAAGAGUCAUUAAUAUGCCAAUCUUCUGCAUCUGUAUCAUCAGUCAUAAUGUUUGUUUUCCAUUAUUCUAAUAAUCCAGCACAUCAUUGUCAACUACUUGAAUGUUUGAUGUCAUUAAAACACAAUGUAGUUAAAGAUAUAUUAUGUGUUAUUGCUUAUGGAACAUCUACCGCUAGAUCUGUAGCAGCUAAAUUGUUAUUCUAUUAUUGGCCAGCUUUUGAUGCCAACUUAUUUGACAGGAAAGUGCUUCUUGUGAAAUACAAUAAUGAUUUAAUACCAUUUGUAUGUCAACGUGACAAUUGCACUUCGACUGGAAAUGCAGAAGCUUCUAAAGUCUGCUAUGAUCAUAAUGUCUCAAUUCUUCAUUCGAAUGAAAAUCCUCCACCACUCUAUUGCUGUAUUGAAUGUGCCAAUUCAAUUCAUCGUGAACAUCCAAAUAUAGCAUUUAAAGACAUUGUACAUCCGAUGGCACAAGUUUCAAUGAUUUGUGAAAACAAAAACUGUCGUUCAUCGGAUAAGUCAGCAUUUUCAAUUUGCUUCUCAACCGAGUGCAUUAGUUAUAAUGGAAAUCAUCCAAUAAGGUAUUGCAACCAAUGCCAUACAAACAGGCAUAAUGCAAAACGUGGAGUCGAUCACAUUUAUCAUCGUUCUCUACUUCCAACAUGGCAAAUGGAUUUGGAAUGUUCAGGAUAUAUGAUUGAGGCAAUUGUUAGUUUAUUGCGAGAGGCAAAACCAUUAAAUUUAGAUUUAUCAAAGGAUUCAAUUUUAACGGUUGAAGGAAGAGCACAUGACAAUAUUUCCAAUGAAGACAGACAGCAAUUAGGCAAAUAUGGAAUAUGGCUUUUAGUUGGUAGAUGUUCACCAACUGUUGACACUCCCAUUGAAAUUUUGGGUAGAUUAUUGAAUAUGCUGUUUCAUUGGUUCCAUAUAACAGCAUAUACAAAUGAAGUCGGUGUUGAAAGUACAUUAGAAAAAUUAAAGAUCGAUCAUGUCUGUGACUUUCUAAAGGAAAUCUUGAAAACUCACGAUAAAGUAUUUAUAAAUUGUUUACUUCCACAUCCUCCUGAAUAUGCACGAGUCGGUGGUCAUUGGGAUACUUUGGCUUCAAGAACUCAACAUUUGAAAGAAGGUCUCCAAAGACUUAUAUGCCUAGUUCCAUAUGAAAUUAUAACACAAGAAAUUUGGGAGACAGUUAUGCCUCAUUGGAUGGAAAGUGUGACAAAUGACGUGCCAGAAAAAGAAUUAUCCGAACUGAAAAUAGUUUUAAGGAAAAUACUUGAUCCACUUGGAUUUGAUGCCAACAAAAUGUAUAAUUUUAUUACAAUAAGAUUUGAGAAAACAACAGCAAAGGUUCAAAUGCAAGCUUUACAUUGGCUUCAAGUCCUCACGAGACUUGAAAUUUUAAUUCCACUUAAUCAAUUAUUCACAAUGUUUGGGGACGGAGUAAGGAUUAUGAAACAUGGUGUUCAGCAUGAAGCAAUGAAGGACAAGAAUUACAAAUUGGAUAAUAAACAGAAUGUUAAGGAUAAGGAUCAUUUGCCACAAGGAGUUGCACCACGAAGGAGCUCAAUAUCACCUGUUGUUGAAGACGAUUCAAUUUCCGAUUCAGCAAUAUCCGAUGAUGAAGCACCAACAAAUCGCCCACAAGAAUUUUCAACUGAUUCUGAAAAUAAUCUUACUUGUUGCAUUCUUAUGCUUGACAUUUUAUUGAAACAAAUGGAACUCCAAGAUAUUGAACAGCAUCAAGGGAUUAAUACGCACGUGUGUGAUAAUGUUUGUCGAUUAUUAAAAUGUAUGAUUACUGCAACAGCUGGAGUGAAAACAAUGGGACCAGGAAGUCACGUUUGUAGUGAAAAAACCGAUUGUUUAAUAUGUGAGGCUUUUAUCAUGUGGCAUCAGCUUGCUACUAAAGUUGUUCAAUUUUUGGCUCCAAAGGAUCCAAUUAGACAGCCAGAUCCACCUCCAGUCAUUGAAACGUUUGAUGAUGAAAAGCUCUUGGAUACUGAUAAAGACCACAAUAAACGAGAUCGAGAUGUGUCAUUUAGCAUGGCUGCACUUCCAAUUCCACUCGGACCUCUCGGUGGUAUAACAUCACUUGCAGGACCAGUUGCUGUACAGGUUCCAGAACAACAGCCGUUUUCAAUUGGGAACGUUUUGAUGCAAAUGCCACAUGUCUGUUCUAUGAAUGAUAAUAACGAUAAGGACAUUGCGAAAAUAGUUCAAGCGACAGAUGAGAUUAUGACAGCAACAGUUGAGACUGUAUCUGACCCACUCGAUUUGGAUCUUGCAACGAUGCUUCCAAGUGAGAAAAUUGUCACUGCUGUCGCUCGAUCAGUUACUUUAUCUGAUGCAGAUGUAGCUCAAGCUACAGUACAAAUAGCUAAACCAUCAAUUGUAGGAAUUGAACAAGAUUCAGCUGAAAAUGUUAAUCUCAGUUCAGACGAUAGCUCGGAUGGUGAUUUUUGGCACACAAGUGUCGGAAAAUUUAAAUUCUGCAUUGAGCAAUUGCCACAAACAUUGCAAUUUAUUCAUCAAUUAUUGACUGAAUUACCGAGCAUCGAUAAACCGGAAAUACUUUAUGAAUUGAUGAGAUGUUUAAAUACAUUGGUACUUCACGGAGAUGCAUUCACAAAAGCAGCUAGAGAUCAUCGAGGAUUCUUUAUUUGGUGUCAGGAGAACUUGCUGAUCAAAAAUUUAUGGGAACUCUGCAAUGCUGAAAACUCCAACAUUUCACAAGUCAGUGUUCCAAUACUGCUGCAUUGCAUUACUUUGCCAGUUGGAAGUGAUGCAUUUUGGAAAAUCCUACAAGAAUUUUUCCAACAUACUGAUUGGCGUGUUCGUUUCCAAGCUGUAGAACGUGUAACAGUCAUUGCAAGAUUUAUGGAUUCGACACCGCUAAGAAGUGAAAUAAAUUUACAAACAGCUCUAGCAACUGCAUUUUGCCACUUGAUUGCAAGCAUGGAUGAUAUCAAUGUUUAUGUUGCACAACGUGCUACUUUGUAUCUUGGAACUAUUCAUGACACUGCUAUAAGGUCACUUCUAUUCUGUCUGGAGUCUCAAUUUGACACAUUUAUUAUUGAUCGUCCUGUUGUAUUGCAAUCAGUAUAUCAGUUGUUGAAUUCCUUGUCUGAUCGAAAGAUACUUACAUGGGACUUUUUCCUGUCACGUUUCGAUACGCUUUUCAUCGAGGCACAAGUCAAUCUCGAGAAAAAUGGCGACUUAUCAUACCUUCGUGACUUGAGAAAUUCCGAAAACGGAAGUGAAAUAUUAACAAAUAAGAUUACAAAAGCACGUGAGGCAUUAAGUCAAUCAUCAGACUCGACAGAGUCACGAAAAAUGUCAAAAACAUUGAGUGCAUCGUUUGGUAAAUGGCAAUAUAAGAGAACAAUGUCUGCGCCGGCAAACUUUGCGCCACGACAAGAAUCAAAAAUUGAAAAAGAGAAAAUUUACAAUCGCCAAAUAUCGGCGCCUUUAUUAAAACGAAAGACAUCUCGUUUUGGACUGGGUCAGUUUUUACAUGGAAAUACUAAUCAUGCUCAUAAUCAUCUUAACUUAGCUACAUCUCCGCAUCAUACUCAUUCUCAUCAACCUUCCAUAUCCCCCGCUCACAGCGGCAAUAAUCUUAAUCAUUUACAUCCAACAAAAUACAAUCAUCAACACUUAUCUCCUUAUCCACCAUCCUCACCCGCUUUUACUCCACAUUCACCAACCUCUGUUCAUUUUCAUUUCCAUCAACCGUCUUAUUCAACUCAACAUGGUGGUUCUUCAGAUGGUCACAUAAGUGGCUAUGAUGAAGUCAAUUUCUCUGGCAGUCUGUUUCGAGUCAUAGAUUUAGAGGAAUCAACGGAUAAAGAAACAAUACAUCUACUUACACAUCUCUUAAUGCAAUUCAUGUCACGUCCAGACUUGGCAUUUCCAACAGAAGAGAAGCCAACAUGCAGAUUAAUGUCUAUUGUGUUGAAGCAUGUUUACUUAUUGAUGGGAUUUAAUCAAAAUGAGAAAAUGUUUCAAUUCAGCUCGUCGAGAAUCCGAUGCUCAUCAGUAUUCAAUAGCUUCAUGGCUAAUCUACCACAAUUUUUGGAUCAAAAUGUCGAAAUGGGAUCGUCAGAUUCAUUAUUCAAUUUCAUUAUACAUCUUAUGAUUUAUUCGCCAUAUCCGAAUAAUUCUAUACCAGCAACGUUUGACGUCAUGCAAAAUACAUCAUAUUCUUUAUGGUUUCUUGAGCCACAAGUCCGUAAGAAUUGGUUAAUGGCUGUACUCGUUAUUCUCUAUAAAUAUAAUUUGAAUAAUAUACCCGAGCCAUUAUUAAGCAGUGUCAUUCGGAUCAUUAUGACGUCACUUGAAUCACAAUCACAGUUCCAUCAAUGCAAGCGAAUUCCCACAACUAUUCUUGUUCAAGAUAGUUUAAGACGUCCGGAAAUAAAGGAGCCUACACUUGAGGCAGACGAUAGAGAACCAUCUGCUCAUUCACAAAUUAAACCAACAUCUAUGGCACAAAUAAGAAAGCCACAAGACUCGAGCAUUGAAUGUGAUGAGACGGAAUCAGAGCUUGUUGCCAUUCCAGAAUCUGAUUUAUCAGAUAGCACAAUUCAUGGUGAAAGUAUUGACGAUGGAAUGUCUGAUGAUCAUCAUGUAACUGCUGUUAAAGUUGAAAAUAAAAAGAAGGUCGUUGAGCCAGUUGAAGAUAAAAAGAAAGCAUCAAAAUCUAUGGUCAAGUCAACAUCAAAUGAAUUGGCAGCAAAAAGUGUGUCUGAAGGAAUGAGAAUGAUGUUCUCAUCUGCUAUUUUAAGUCCUCCAGUCAAUGUGCAAAAAGCGAUUGUUGUUACUCAACCACCAUCCUCUAAAGUUGUCCAAACAACAUGUAAGGAUACAUCUACAGCACAUCAUAUAAUCGCAUCAGCUACCACAUCUCAAUUGCGAACCGUAUCAGCUGUUGUUGGAGAAAAGCAGCAACGUGCAACUAUUGUUCAACCAACGACUACAAGCAAUGGAUAUGGAACUAGCUCAGUAAGAAGAAGUAAUUCUCCGAUUCGAGCAUUAGGAAGGCAACAACGGAUUAUUGACACAAAUGGAAUUUCACAUCAGUCUUCAAUAUCCACAGAUGAACAAAAGAAAUUUGUAGCUUCACACAUUAAAACUAAUGAAAGACGAAACCUAUUCGGUUCUCCUGAAAGUCCAUUAUCAAGAAUGGACGUUUUACCACUCAGUCCUCCAGAAACUGAUGCAGAUAUUUCUACAGAUGGAACUGAAACGCCAGUGUUAACUCCAACAAACAUGAAAUUGGAAUUUCCAACACCAGAGAGAUUGCUGCCAAUUGGAAACAUGGGUAAAGAGAAUGUCACUAAUCUUUGCGAGAGAGUUCGUGAAGGUCUUGCUAUCCCUGACAUCAGUCAUUUAAGAUCUCAAGAUCAUCUUGAUAAAUCAACUACUGACAGUCCACCAAAUUCAUCACGUGCUACUUCACCACGCAGGCUUAUUAAGCAAGUUGCUCUCGUAGAAUCUCCACCUCAUGUUCACAUGCAUGAUCCCGCACAUCCAAUUUCCUAUAAAAAGACACCAGGAAGAAAUCAAGAUGAACAUCAACGUCGAGUCACAACUAAAAGAGCUGGUUUAGGAAAAUGUGGAGAUAGUCGAUUGAGAUAUGCAGGCUCUUGGGCUCCACAAUUUUUGAAUGAAGGCAGUGACGAUGAAGAUGAAGGAUCAACAAAAACAAGUUAUCUUAAUACAGAGACAAAGCAAAGUGUAUUCCGUAUUGGAGAUGAAUGUACUGCUGAUAGAUGUAGUGAAUGUGGAGCAUUAAAGGAAGAAUAUACAGAUGAGGAACUUGGCCUAUUUAUAGUACUAUUGGGAACCUUUAUUCAUCGUGAGCCUGCUUUAGCAUGUCCAUUUUUGCCGGAUAUAUUAGUCUUUGUCUCAAAAAUGGCACAUUCUCAUACAUUUUCAUGGCAAUAUGAGUCAUCCACACACUUGCCUGGAGCUUCUCAAGCUGUCGCUCAUCAAUUUAUUCGAUGUGUUCUUCAUCAGCUGGCACCAAACGGAAUUUUCUAUCAAGUGUUCUUGACUCAAAAUCCAGAAAAUGUUCGUCAAAGAUUCUUCAAAUGUGUAGCAUUAGCUCUUCUUGACUUUGCUGAAUUACAUCCUGCAAGUCCAGUUAAUUUAUUGAUGGAAUCAUUGAAUAAUAAGAAGACAUUACCAUUGGAUUUGCCAAUAAUCAUGAGAAACCUGAAUGAAUAUUUGCUGUGCUUACAAAUCGAGAGCUUAAAUGCACCAGUAAUUUGGACAACAGCUAUUCAAGGUAUUGAUUCUCUUUUUAGACGAAUCGUAUUCAUGCUUCCUAGCAUGGAUGAAAUUGAAAGCCUGUUAAGUAUUAUGGUAUCAGUAUUUAAAAUGCCUGGACUCCCAAAAAGCAUUCUUGAGCCAUUCUCAAAAAUAUUCAGUUAUGCUGUUCAAAAUCUUCAUCUUAAUCACAAGACAGUCCAUGAACUUUGUUGUCUCAACAGUCGAGCAUAUACAAAAGAAAGAGAUAAGUAUCAAAUUGCUAGACAAAUUGCCUUUGAGCUUGCUCAAUGCUUAAAAUUUAAAACAAUGAUACCCGAUCACAACUUGUUACUUCUGAUUGGAAUGAUUAUUCAAGAUUUGGGUGGAAAUUUACCUAAAGAGGUAUACGCUGGCUUACCAGAAAGUCCACCAAUGUUUUCGAACAAUACUGCUGACUGUAUGCGUCAAUAUCUCAAUGACAUCCUUGAAUUUUUGGCAGAUUUUCACACAUUGAGUAAAAUAAAGAAUUUUAAGAAUGGAUCCACUAUGUCGUCAGGUGCAAUGGGCUUGACAGAAGAUACUUUAGGUGGAGCUUUAAAAGGUGCCAUUUCUCAGUAUCUCGCAUUGGAAAUGUCAAGAGGAAAUUCCAAGGAGAAUAGAGCAGUUGCUAGAUAUCUUCCAUGGCUUUAUAAUGCACCAACAACUUUACAGCAAGGACCUAAAGAAUUUACAGAAUGUGUUAGUCACAUGAGAUUACUGUCAUGGCUUUUAAUGGGAAGUCUUACUCAUACAGCACAAACAUCUAAUCUACGCGAUCAUCAACACAAUCAUCAAACUCAUUUCCAUAUGACACAACAAAAUAGCUUUUCACAGCCAGUUCCGCAAGAUGCAUCAUGUCACAUUGCUGACUAUAUACAGACAAUUUUUGCAGGAUUUUUGGAACAAUCAAAGACAUCAGUUCUUCACAUGUCAUCACUUUUUCAUGCAUUCACAUUGUGUCAAUUGUGGACUGUCUAUUUAGAGCAGAUAUCACAUCAUACAAAUGACACAAUUGCCACAUCAAUUUUGUUUGAAUUUUGGGUAAAAGUAACUCCAACAAUCUUCUACUUAAUUUCUCACUCAAAACUCAAUGAAAUGGUAAAUUUGCACUUUUUGAGUCUUUUGGAAGCACUGAAAGAAACUCGAUCAACAAUCUUAUCGAAAUUACUUCCACUCUGGAGUCCAUUACUCUCCUGUAAUAAUUUGUCAGGAACGCUUCAAGUUAGACUUCAAAAUUGUCGAGAUAUUGCACCAAAUCCAGAUGAAGUGGAUAUAAAAGCAAAUGACGCAUUAUUAAAGUGGCUUCAGAGAUUACAAUUUAAAAUGGCACAGAUUGAGUUACAGUCGAGUCAAGCAACGACACAAUUUUAUUCAUUAUAAAUUAUUUUGUAGAACAAAAAAUAUAUAUUUAACUGGUUGAUGUUAAUAAAAUAGAUAAUUGUUUAAAAUACAAUCACUUGUCUUCUUCAUCUGAUAAUGUAUCGUCGCUUAAAUCAUCAUCAGCAUCUUUUAAAAUAAUAUCAUCAUAUUCCUCUGGUGGCAAUCGAUACUUUGUCAUAGCUGGCAUCAUUUCUGGUGGUUCUGUCAGCUUUAAUCCAGAAGCUUCCAGUUCCUUUUUCUUUGCAUCAAGCCUCUCUGUAGCUUGCUUUUCUAAUGAUUCCUGUCUGUUCUUUCGAGACUCAUGUUCCAUGACUAUUGAUUCUAUGAGCGGAAUUUGUUCACAACCUUUGUUAUCAAUUUUAUUGACUGUCUUUAACUUUGAAUUCAUUUCUUUAUUUUUUAUAGGACAUGUCUGUUCUGUACUUUUAUGAGGUAAAAAUCUAAAUGGUACUUCUGACCUAUCAUAUGUACAAAUUUUCUCCAUUACUGGAUCUAGAUGAAAUUCAGGAUUUCGUAUUUCCUUUAUAUCCUCUUCUGUUAUUAAUGGCUUAUCAUUUUCACUUUGUUUAUGCUUUAUAAUUUUCUUAUUGGAAUACACUGAAUUUGAAGAAACAAGAAUUUCUAAUGGAUCUUGUACUUCAUCGUCAUCACUGUCAAUUUGUGGCUUCUUUUGUUGUUCUGUCGUUCCUUCCCAUUCAAGAUUAUUGAGAUUAUUUGUUCCUAAACUCAUAGAUGAUAGCAAAUUGGCUGCAUUGUGUACCUCAUUUUUAAAUUCUAAAGCUUGGACGACGCGAUCAUACAAGUCCUGGAUCUUUUUGCCUUUAUCUGGAAGUUUGUUCAUCCAUGAUCUGAAAAAUUCAUCACAUUACGAAAUUCAACGUCAUUAAUAUUGAUUAAAUGCUUUACUUAUUCUGGAGCAUCAACAGUUGCCUGCUUUUAGUGUCCAGCAAUUCUCUUCUCGUUAAUUUCGUUAAAUCGUCAUGCAAUGCAUGUUCAUUUUUGAUUUUUGUCUCUCCUGGAACUCGAUGAAUAGGCGGUUGAUGAAAAUUGUGUGGAUUUUCCAUCAUUAUUUACGUUUUUACUUUUAUAUUUUUAAAUCACUGGCUAAUUAUAGCUUAAUUAAAUAUUUUUGGAUAUAACUAUCUUUAUUCAAAUAAUUGUGAAAACAAUGUUAAGUUGGCUUAAAAUUGUGAAUGUGGCUUAAUUUGAAAAUAUGUAUUAACCGUUUUUAAGGGAUUUAUUCUUGUCAUGCUCAAAUUAAAUUACUUAUGAAACACUGUUUGUUGAUUCAAAUUACAUUUUUAUUACAUACCAAACAGCACAAAUCCGAUAAGUAUAUGAAUCAUGAAAUUCAACAAUUUAUCAAUCAUCAGAUCUUAGUUUAAAGCGUAGAUUGAUCCCAUUGUCAGGUCGUAAAACAAUUUCUUGGGCAUAGCUUGGAUUUUCGUCUUCUUUAUCAACCAAAAUUUGGAAAUCUUUAAUGAUUUUUGAAAUGAUGCUUUUUAUUUCCAGCAUUCCAAAUUUUUGUCCUAUGCAGUUUCUCGGACCAGCUAGAGUACACAAAUUAUUAAUAAUUACCACAAAUAUCAAGCAGAUAUAAAAUUACCAGAAAAAGGAACAUAAGAGAAUAAUUUGAUGUUCCUUUCAUCUUCGAAUCUUGAUGGAUCGAAUUUGAGAGGAUUUGGAAAUAAACUUGGAUCUCUUCCCAUGACGUAAAUUUGUAUUUUAGUGCUGACAUUAGCUGGAAAAGUAUAUCCACCCAACACAACAUCUUCACGGAAAUUUC